AUGACCCAAACUCAUCUAUCGGAUCAAACUAGACCUGAAAGCGCAGAUAGCCGCUAUACGACGACUUCAUCUUCCUCAAACACCACGACCACGAGUUCAACUCAAGACAGUAAUAAUAAUAUUCACCACUACAACAAUAAUAAUAAUAAUACCAUCAAUCAUAAUCAUAAUCAUAAUAGCAUCAAAAGUAAUAAUGGCCCAAAUUAUACCACUAAUACCAAUAUCAAUAAUAAUAAACCUAGAAUACUAGUACCGGUCCCACCAACAAACCCAUUCCUAUCAUCUCAAACUAGUGUAUAUACUCAUAGAGCUAAUACUAUACCUCCUUAUGUAUUAGAUACCUUAUCCAAAGUUCAUUAUAAAGAUCAAUUAAACAAUAAUAAUGUUAAUAAUAAUCAAUCUGAUAUUCAACCAUCUAUAAAAUCAGUUCAUUCGAAACAAAAUGAUGAAGAACAAUAUCUAAGUUUUUUAAAUGAUCCAUUUGUGAAAUCUUUAGAUAAUAAUUGGGGGACAUUUAUAUCAUCGAUGAAUUAUCCUGCUACUUAUCCUAGUGAUGAAGUUACAUUUGAAAAAUCAACCGGUAAAAAGGAUUUUGAUUUAGAUGGUGAAUGGGGUGGAGAUGAUCGAUUAAAAUUAGCUUUAAUGGGUCCUACAUCAAGUGAAGAUGGUAAUUCAAGUAAUGAAGGUUAUAUUCCCUGGUGGAAACGAUUACUCGGUUUAAAUCAUAAUAAAUCACCUCAUGAUGAAUCAAAACAACAUAAUAUUAAUGGAGAAAACAAUCAUCCUAAAGUAAGAUCAACUGCUGGUUAUUGGAUGUCAAAUGCCAAACGAAAAGAUUUAUUUACAACUAUUAGAAGAUUAUUUGUUCAAAAUCCUCUUAUUCCAUUAUUUUUAAGAAUAUUAAUUAUUGUAUUUUCAACUUGUGCUUUAGCUUUAGCAUGUACAAUCUAUGUAUUUUCAGAAACAAAUUAUGAUGGUAAUCCAAUUCAAGAACAACCAAGUACAAUCAUGGCCAUUGUAGUUAAUUGUUGUGCUAUAGCAUAUUUGAUUUAUAUUGCUUAUGAUGAAUAUAAUGGAAGUCCAUUAGGAUUAAGAGAUCCAUUAGGUAAAAUGAGAUUAAUUAUGUUGGAUCUUUUAUUUAUAAUUUUUUCAUCAGCUAAUUUAUCAUUAACAUUUAAUACUUUAUAUGAUAAAGAAUGGGUUUGUAUUAAUGAUAAUCGACCUGAAUUAGUUAAAAUUGGGAUUAUUUAUCCGGUAGUAGGAUCAAUUUGUCGAAGACAAAGAGCAUUAUGUGCCCUUUUAUUCUUGGUGGUUUGUCUUUGGGUGGUAACUUUUGCCCUUAGUAUAGUAAGAGUAGUUGAUAGAGUAAGUACACCAACUACUCAAUCCAUUGAUUGA